CCCGGGUGGAGCUGCUGCCGUUGGGGUCUGGGCUGGCUUGCUAAGGAGCUGUCGGCGAGGCGGCGUAGACAUGGCUUACAACAAGAUCCCGCCUCGGUGGCUGAACUGUCCGAGGCGCGGCCAGCCGGUGGCAGGAAGAUUCUUACCUCUAAAGACAAUGCUGGGGCCAAGAUAUGAUAGUCAAGUUGCUGAAGAAAACCGGUUCCAUCCCAGUAUGCUCUCAAAUUAUCUAAAGAGUCUGAAGGUUAAAAUGAGCUUGUUGGUGGAUCUGACAAAUACUUCAAGGUUCUAUGACAGAAAUGACAUAGAAAAAGAAGGAAUCAAGUAUAUCAAACUUCAGUGUAAAGGACAUGGUGAGUGCCCCACUACUGAGAACACGGAAACAUUCAUUCGCCUGUGUGAGAGGUUUAAUGAAAGAAGCCCACCUGAGCUUAUAGGUGUUCACUGCACCCAUGGCUUCAACCGCACUGGUUUCCUUAUAUGUGCCUUUUUGGUGGAAAAAAUGGAUUGGAGCAUUGAAGCAGCAGUUGCUACUUUUGCCCAAGCCAGACCACCAGGAAUCUAUAAGGGUGAUUAUUUGAAGGAACUUUUUCGUCGCUAUGGAGAUAUAGAAGAAGCACCACCACCACCUGUAUUGCCAGAUUGGUGUUUUGAAGAUGAUGAUGAAGAAGACGAGGAUGAGGAUGGAAAAAAGGACUCAGAACCAGGGUCCAGUGCUUCCUUUGGGAAAAGGAGAAAAGAGCGCUUAAAACUGGGAGCUAUUUUCUUGGAAGGAAUAACUGUUAAAGGAGUAACUCAAGUAACAACUCAACCGAAGUUAGGAGAGGUACAGCAGAAGUGCCAUCAGUUCUGUGGCUGGGAAGGGUCUGGGUUCCCUGGAGCACAGCCUGUCUCCAUGGACAAGCAAAAUAUUAGACUUUUAGAGCAGAAGCCAUAUAAAGUAAGCUGGAAAGCAGACGGUACUCGUUACAUGAUGUUGAUUGAUGGCACAAAUGAAGUUUUUAUGAUUGACAGAGAUAAUUCCGUUUUUCAUGUUUCAAAUCUGGAAUUUCCAUUUCGUAAAGAUCUCCGCAUGCAUUUAUCAAAUACUCUUUUGGAUGGGGAAAUGAUCAUCGAUAAAGUAAAUGGACAGGCCGUUCCAAGAUAUUUGAUAUAUGACAUAAUUAAGUUCAAUGCACAACCAGUUGGAGAAUGUGAUUUUAAUAUUCGUCUACAGUGUAUUGAACGUGAAAUUAUAAGUCCACGACAUGAAAAAAUGAAGACUGGGCUCAUUGACAAAACACAAGAACCAUUUAGUGUCAGACCUAAACAAUUUUUUGACAUCAAUAUUUCAAGAAAGCUUCUGGAAGGAAAUUUUGCCAAAGAAGUCAGCCAUGAAAUGGAUGGACUUAUUUUUCAGCCGAUUGGAAAAUACAAACCUGGUCGAUGUGAUGACAUUUUGAAAUGGAAACCUCCCAGCCUAAAUUCUGUGGACUUUCGACUUAAGAUAACAAGAAUGGGAGGAGAAGGGUUGCUGCCACAGAAUGUUGGCCUUCUCUAUGUUGGAGGUUAUGAAAGACCCUUUGCACAAAUCAAGAGGUGCUGAGUUCAAUUCCCAGCAACCACAUGGUGGCUCACAAUCAUCUGUAAUGGGAUCUGGUGCCCUCUUCUGGUGUGUCUGAAGACAGCAACAGUGUACUCCUAUACCUAAGGUAAAUAAAUCUUUUUAAAAAAGACAGCGCCCUAGGAAGCCUGAAGUAAUUUGAAUAAUUAAAAAAAAGAGUUGAUUAAUUCUUGUUAGCAUUGUUGUAAGAAAUGAAAGAAAAAAAGGGCUGAGAGAUGGCUCAGUAGGUAAAGCACUUCCUGUGUGAGUGGGAGGGGCAUGAGUUUGAAUCCCCAGCACCCACGUAAAGCUGGGUAUACUAGGUUGUGUCUGUAAUCCAGUGCUCAUGUGGCAAGAUGAGAGGCAGGGUACGAAACUGUAAAGACACCGUGUGCCUCACCACAAGGCUGCCCUCUGACCUUUCUAUGUGUACUGUGGCACAUAUGAGGGCAUACUUGUAUACUUGAAUGUGUGUCGAUCUCCCCUGCCCCACGUACACAUUAAAUACACACCAGAGGGGGAGGGAAAUGGGAAAGAAUUAACAAGGCAUUAAAUAAAAGUUAAGUUGAACCUUCAUUUUCUUUGUUAUUUUAAUUUUCUGUUAAUAUUUUCUAAGAGGUCUUGUUAAUCCUACUGGCCAAGAAUAAGACCACUACCAUAAAUUUUGAGCCAAAUUUGAAGCAAGCUUUAUUAAAUACUGGCUGGGGUGAUAGAUGCUGGUCAGGUCUAUUAUUCUCAGGAAUUAGCAGAGAGUGGCUACAAACUAUAAAUUCCACACAUGUAAAGGUUCUGUUCUUCCUGCCUUUGUUCAGUCGGGGGCAGGCACACAUCCUGGCAACCACUUGGAGCAGUUUGUAGUCAGCAGCUGUUUUCUGGUUGGUGUCUGUCAGCCAAGUGGAAAUCUGCUGAGACAGAUAUAGACUGCACAGAAGUUACAGUUUAGGAACGUAAAGGAAAAUCUUACAUUUGGAGCUUUCAGGCCCACAGUCCUUGUAGUUGGAGGUGGGAGGUGUCCCAAGGAUGGGCGAGUUGCAUAAUCACACCCUCAGAACAAGCAGGUAGGGAAGGUAGGAAACUUAGCUGUACUUAGAGUCUGUUUGACCUGAGAGGGGAUUCCAACUUGUAUGACUUCCUCAACUCCCUGAAGCUUACAUAAACUUUUUUAUUUAAAAAAAGAGAUAAAAGUUUUAGCUAUAUUAGCAUUACCACUGUUUGUAACCUGUACUAAAAUCCACAAUGUGGAAAAAAAAACAGCUAAUAAACUGGCGUCUGUAACACCGUCAUAGCAAAAGCUAUGUCCUGAUGUAAAAAGCAUGAACAUUCUUCCUCUGUCCAGAGAGCUGGGUGUGUAUGGAUUGGGCGGAGGUGUUUUUAGCCUGAUGAAAAGCACUUUUAAGUCUGUACUUUGAAGAUAAGCAAAGGAAAAUUGAAAUCUUGAGCUUGUGACUGAUAGUAGAACUAGUGCUUUAACAGCUCACCAGACUUCCAUUGAUCAGAGCUAAAACUCGACAUUCUGAAAUCUUAAUGUAACAGUAGUGUAAAGAGGAGGAGGAAAUCCGAAACAUGCUUUAUUACUUAAAUCUUUCUUACACUUCUACAACUUGUAUUACAUACCUUAAACAUUUCCUUAGAUACUCAGAAAUUACUUCAGCUUUCACAUCCUUUACACACCUUUUAACACUUUCCAAAUCCUCAGAACUUACAUAAGCAUAAAACCCUUUAAUUUCAUCUAGUCAUUUACCAGAGACACAGAUAGUCACUAUUAUGAGCAGUCAUUGCAAAGCAAGUUCUUUUAAAUAAAGGGAUAGUAAAAAAAUUACAUCUGAAACUUGUUUAGUCUCUAGUAUACAUUGUGGUUUGCCCUGGAGUUAUCUGUAUUUUGAUGCUAAUUCCACUGCCUCUAGGACAGCUGCCUAGUCACCACUCAGGACUCCGGUGACUUCACCAGAACCUUCUCCCCAUUGAAUUUGUAAAGUACAGGUGAGGGGCAGGUACAGGAUAGAAGGAGGCCUGUCAUUGGAGGAGAAGGAAGGAUGGGCAGGAGAGAAGUUUGAAGGAAGAGGAGGAGACUGGAACUGAAAGGAGGAAGAGACAGGAGGGAGAGAGUGAGAAGCCAUGGCAGGUGAUGUUAAGAUUCCACUCUGUGUGUUUACAGUUGUUAAUAAUGUUCUUAAGGGAUGGAUGGUACUGGGCUCUGUAUGUUUAGGUGGGCAAUUAUAUCUUACCAGUUGGGUCAAAGAUUAUUGUGUUGUGUGUUCUUUUAUGUGACAGUUUGAUAGGAAAAGUGCGGCAGCAGGAGACACUGGGCCGCCGUGGAGUUGGGAUGUGUUUCCACCGAGAUAUCUAGCAGAUACCUUGGGGCACUGAGGUGCUGGACCUGGUGGGGAUAGAAGACAACCAUAUUUUUUAAUUUUUUUAUAUUUUUACUACAACAAGUUUAAAGUCUAUUAGCAAGGCAAACCUGUCUGUCUUUCUCAGCAGAAGAUCUAAUAGCUGUAGGAAAAAGCAAGGCCUGAAUUUUACAUAGGAAAUGAACGUAUAAGCUAGCUGCAGCCUCUAAGAAGGAGCUGAUUGCCUGCUGCUGUUAAACUGAUAAGUCUACUUUUUCCUUGCCUUAAAUGUCAUCAGAGAUCUGAGAAGGAUAAAUUAUAGUAGGAAGUAUAAUUCAAAUGGCCUAUGUAUCAAUUAAAAUGACAGAGACAUACCCACUACCCAGUUGGUUGCCAUAAGCUCCUGUCAUUUCAAUGGCUUCAUUGGUGGCAAUGGUCAGUAUUCCCCUGUCUCACAGGACAGCAUUUGAUCUUAAGCCACAGCAAUAUUGGCCUUCUGCAGCCAGAUCCAGGUCUAAGAGAUUCUCCUGUAGAUGAACUUGAGAGGCUGACCUUUCUUUGGACAAGCAGAGUAGAGCAGUCAACCCAACAGUGUUCACGGCCGUGUGCAGAGUCCUGGCAACAGACAAGGCAUAGAUAGGGAAGUUUUUCUCUGUGUUAGUGUUACUAUAACCCAAGUUGAAGAGUGGGUGUCCCAUUGUAUUUAGAGACCUUAGAGCUCCUUCUGAUCUCUCAUAUAAUGAGAAGCUUUUAAAUGAACAUUAAGUGCUACGAUCAGCAGAUGUCUGAAGAAUUUGAGGGCCAGCUAUUGAAUUUACUUGGGCUAGGUUUAACCUUGAGAACCAUGAGCUUUAGGAGGCUGAAUAAAGGUUAUUCCUAUAACUGAUUACAUUUGGACGUUGCAUGACUCUAAGUAGAGUUCUGACUGUUAGCUUCCAUGUCUUAACCAUCCUUAACAGUUAUAACAAGUUAGUAGCUUUUAUAAGAUUAGGAUUUUAUCACUCUAUCUCUGUUAAAUUUGAGCCCACGCACUCAAAGGAGGCCUGUCAGAAACAAAGCAUAAUCACCAUCAUUCUUACAUUCAACUGACCCUGACCAUAUAUUCAUCUUGGCUGCCACAUUUGCAACAGCCUCUGUGGAUGGCCGCUGCUCUCAGCACUUUGGGGAGCCUUGGAACGUCUGAGGGUGUCACCUCCUUCAGCACUGCAGUCUGUAGUGAAGAUCCUGCCUCAGAGUUCGCGUGGGUGGUGGUCUGAUCUCACUGGGGGCCUCCAGGAAAACGUUAAUUCCACUGGGUGAAAAUAGACCACUACCACAGAUCUUGAACCAGAUUUGAAGCAUGCUUUAUUUAAAAAUACUGUCCUGAUGAACACUCAGCCAGAUCCAUACUAGGAUUCUCAGAGAAUGGCUGUGUGUUACCGUAGACCUGUGCUAAUAAAGGCAAUGUCCACAAGACUACCUUUUGCCUUUGUCCAAGCAGGGCAAACAUAUAUCCUGGCCUACUUCCUGCCUAUUUUCCUGCCGUCUACCUGUGAUCAAGCACGCCCUAUGCAGUGGGGCUAACCUUCCUUGGCAGCUGGUUACCUUCUCGAGCAGCAGCCCAGGAAGUUCUCUGUCCUCGGGCAGUUUUGUUCCAUAGAUCUAAGCACAGUAAUUAAAACAUAAAACAUAACUUUAGUCCUUACAGUGUGUUCAAUUUGGUGGUGGGAAUUUGUGGUUUAAUUUUCUGAAAUUUUUUCAGUGUUUCUUGCCUCAGGAGUUAUUUUUCUGCUGUUUAUUUGAAAAUUGUACUUAAAUUUCUUUCUGUCUGCAUACAUGAUGUAGUUUUGUACUUUGAAACUUACCUUGAACAGGAUAUGCCUACUUUUAAUAGAGGGUAAUUAAUCUUAAUAUCAACAUUUUUUAAUGAUGAAAACUGUAUAUUUAGAAUUAGCCAACUGGAUUCAGUUUAGAUGAUCCCAGUUUUGUUGGCAGCAUCCAGAGCAUCAUAGUCAGGAGCCAGGUGAACACACCCUUCUUCUCUCCGUCAGGUUUCAUCAAGGUAAUGACUUUGGCCCAGUAUCACAGUUUCCUCAUAGCCUGCUUGAUCUGUUGAUAAUUGGCCUGACAUCCACGUGAACACAUGUGUGUCUUUCAUCUUCCUGUGUUGACUUAGUGAUUGGGGGAUUUGAUGAUGGCAUAAUGGUCCGCUUGUUUCUCCUAGGUGUAUGCUUUGGAGGGUGUUAGACUGGAAGGUGGGUGGUGUAUGGAUCUUCUUCUUUUUGUGGCUGUGGACCCUUUCAGCACUAUCUUCAUGGCUUCAAGGCAUUCACUUGGCUUCGGUUUUAGGAGGGACAGGAGCUUCCUUCUUUGCUAUCAGUGCCAACUUCAAUAUAAACAUUAUUUUACUGUAAAUGUUAUCAUAAUUUGAUAUAAUUGUUCUGGUAUCAACACCUCUUACCUACAGUACCUACGGUAAUUUAUCUUAAAACACUUCAAAGUCCAUCAUUAACAUUAUAAAUUGUGUUUCCUGAUUCCUUAGGGGGAAUGCUUAAGCAUUCAGGUAUUUUUUCCUGUGAUCUUACAACACUAGUGAGGUCGGUAAGAAUUUCUUUAUGACUUACCUCACUGUGCCAGCCAUGGAAUUGAACAGCAGUACCAGAAAGCUUGCUGUGUCUCAGUAGGAGCAUUUCCAGCAGCACAGUUUCUCUCUACUCACCUUCCCAUUUUCCUUCUUCUCCAUCCCUGCACCCCGUCUAUGCUUGGAAAAUCAGUAGGGGGGAGGCUGGGGAAGAGAGAGAGUGAGCAUGUGUGCCUGUGCGGAUAAGUUCCUUUAUCAGUCACCUGGUUCAUUAACAUAAGCAACGUUUUUUUAUCUAGGCCCCAGUUACCUCCUCACGCCGAGGGCGCUCCUUUGUCAGCUCGGUGCCUGAUUAAUCAACUUGCUAAUCCUGGGCAGCAGUCUGGCUGCCAGCCUGUGAUAGAUACCAUUGGUCAGUCCUGCUUUAUUCCAUUCCUGCUGUUUGUUUUGUUUCCCAGAGCAACUUAUACUAUAGGGAACUCCCCUGUGUUUGCUAUUGUUUGCUUGCUUGCAGGGCUGGUUUGGAGCUUACUAUUCUAGCCUAGGGUGACCUUGAGCUUUUUAUCUUCCUCUGCGUCCCAAGUGCUCAGACUUCAGGUACGGAGAAGCCGCCAUACCUAGUGAAAGACCCCCGGAGAGGACCUUUCCCUCAGGAGGAGUCCCAAGCGCCCAAUGACCGAGCCGAGUCCACUCGGAUGCAAUCAGCAAGAGGGUUUAUUGGAAAACACAGGUGCCUGCGGGCACACAGUCUCUUCGGAGGACUUGCGCGCCCAGCAGCUCCAGCAUGGGGCUUUUGUAGGGAUUGGGGAAGCAGAAGCGGGCGUACAGAAGCAGAUGCAUAGUUACGGGGACUGGUGGAUUCAAACGAGGCACAUAGACAUGUUCACAUAUGAUUGGCUAUUUCACAUGAUGAGGUAAUAAGGUAUAGCUACACACAUUGGCAGGUUUGGGGCGUCCUGGAUGUUGGGGGCUAGGGGCUUAUCUCUUCCUGCCAGGUGGCCUGUGAGUCAGAUCCGGUACUCCUGGUCUGUUCUGCAUUCCUUUCCUUUUAUGGUCUGUUAGUUCUAGCGGCAGGGCGGGGCUGCCUGGACUUGCUUUUCACAGUGUUUAUAGCCCUGAGUCUGAAUUUAAAACUUAUUCUUUUAACUUCAUAUUUUUAAACCUCAAAUCUGUAUAAUUUUCCUUUCACUAGUUUAUAUGGUUUUAGAGAACACAUCUAGGUCUUUCUGUAUAUUAUUUAAGUAUUUUACCAAGUGAGCUACACUGCCAGGCCAAAAUCUUAAUUCUCCAAGGUUUCUAAUCUUAAAAACUCAACCUAACACGCAAAAUCCAUCAGUUCUCCUGGAGUGAAAGACUCCAUGUGGCCUUUAAUCAGCCAAGCGUGCUGGUUACUGAGAUUGAAGGCCACAGGGUUGCCACUGGGAAGAGUUUUAUAUUAGUGUCUGUUCCAGUUCCUACAGCCCAGGAGGUGUGAGAGAUGUCCAGGCUCUAUCUAUUAUAUCUACUAUAUUCACCACAGUCCCCCUCCUUCCUCUCCUCCCACUUCCUUUUCUCACCCCACCCCCUUCCACCACUCUUCCAUUUCCUUUCAGAAAAGGGCAGCCCUCCUAGGAAUAUCAACAAACAUGGCUUACAAUAAGACUGUGAAGCUCCCCUUGUAUUAAAGAUGGACAAGGCAACCCAGUGGCAAGAAAGGGGUCCUAAAAGCAGGCAAAGGAGUCACAGACAGCCCCACCCAACCCUGUUCCACUGUUAAAGCAUGCCAUACAUGCAGAGGGUCUGGGUCAGACUCAUCAGGCUCCAUGAUUGUCACUUCAGUCUCUGAGCCUCUGUGGGCCCGGCUUAGUUGAUUCUGUGGGUUUUCUUGUAUCCUUUUCCCCUCUGGCUCCUAGAAUCCUUCCUCCCUCUCUUUUGCAGGAUUCCCCAAGCUCUGCCUAAUGUUUGGAUGUGGAUCUUGCAUCUCUUUCCAUCAGUUGCUGAUGAGGCCUGAUACCUUUAUGUCAUCCUAUAUGCCUAUGAGUCUAGCAGAAUAUCAUUAGGAGCCAUUUUGUUGACUCCCUCCCUUCCGUGGUGGUGGUGGUGGUGGUGGUGGUGGUGGUGGUGGUGGUGGUGGUGGUCUUUGGUUCUAUCCUAGGAGUGUGGGUUAUCUAACCUCAGGUUCCUAGCCCUCCAGGCAGUGACGGGGUGGGCUCCCUCUCGUGGCCAGGGUCUCAAAGCUGGACCAGUCUUUUGGGCAUUCCCACAGUUUCUGCACCACAGCACAUCUUGUAGGCUGGACAAAUUGUAGGUUGAAGGUUUUGAGGCUGGGUUGUUGUCCCAUUCCCUCCACUGAAAUUCUUCUCUGGUUAGAGGAGAUGUCCAGUUUUGGGUUUUUUUGUUUUGUUUUGUUUUGUUUUGUUUUUUUAUCUACCCUUAUUCUAGAAGUCUUAGCUAGGGUUGCUCUCUUCAUUCCUGGGAGUAUCCAUUACAAUGGUUUUCUACCUUGUUCUUGAGGUGCUCCUCAAUUCCAGUUGUAUCUCAAAAUAUUUUCUCCUUCCAUCUUCCCUCAACCUGAUGCCUCCUGUUCCCAUCCCCACCCACUCCUGGUCCAUCUGUGAUGUCUACUGUGUUUUCUUUUCCCAGGGAGAUUCAUGCAUCCCUCCUUGGGCCCUCCUUGUUACUUAGCCUAAGUCUAUGGAUUGUGUUGUAGCAUGAUUGACCUUUAGUUUACAGCUUAUAUCCACUUAUAAGUAAGUACAUGCCACGUUUGUCUUUCUGAGUCUGGGUUACCUCCAGGAUGAUUUUUCUCUAGUUCCAUCCAUUUUCCUGCAAAUUUCAUGAUGUAUUUAAAACAAAACAAACAAACAAACAAACAAACAAGAACAGUGGAGCAAUACUCCAUUGUGUAAAUGUGCCACAUUUACUUUAUCCAUUUUUCAUUGACAGUCACCUAAAUUGUUCUCAGUUUCUGGCUAUUCAGAAUAAAGCUGCUGUGGACAUAGUUGGACACGUGUCCUUGUGGAAUUAUGGAGCAUUUUUUUGUAUAUGCCCAGGAGGGAGUGGUAGUUCCCAAUUUUCUGAGAAACCACCACAUUAAUUUUCCAAGUGGCCGUACAAGUGUCCACUGUCACAGCAGUGGAGGAGUGUCCCCUUGCUCCACACCCCUGUCAGCCUGAGCCCUCACAACAGCUAUAAGACCGAGUCAGAGUCAUUGUGAUUACAGUUCCUUGAUGGCUAACGAUGGUGAGCAUCCCUCCGUAAGCACUUCUCAGCCAUUUCAGACUCCUGUUGAGAAUAAUCUGCUUAGAUCUGUACUCCAUUAUUUAAUUGGGUUAUUUUGUUUGUUGAUGUCUAGUUUCUUGAGUUUUUUAUAUAUUUUGGAAAUUAGCUCUUUGUCAGAGGUAGAGUUGGUAAAAUCUUCUCCCAUUCUGUAGGCUGCUCUUUUUUUCUAUUGAUGGUGCCUUUUGCUUUUUAGAAGCUUUUCAGUUUCAUGGGUCUCAUUUACUAAUUGUCUGUCUUAGUGCCUGAACUAUUGGUGUUCUGGUCAGGAAAUUGUCUUCCUUUACCGAUUACAUGACCUUGAAUUUGGUGCCUAGAUGACCAGAAUUGAGACAUCAUCUGGAGGGAGUUUUCCUUUGAUGAGUAUAUAGUGUCCUUCUUCAUCUCUUUUGACUAAUUCUGAUUGGAAGUCUAUUGUGUUAGAUAUUAGAAUGGCCACAUCAGAUUGCUUCUUGGGCCCAUUUGCUUGGAAAAUCUUUUUCUAACCCUUUACUCUGAGGUAAUAUCUUUGCUGCCCCCCCCCCUUUUUUAAACAUGUGUUUCCUUUCCCUUCCUGAGUAGCUUCUACGUGAUUUUUUUAAUUAAUUUUUUUUAUAUUGGGUAUUUCUUAUUUACAUUUUGAAUGUUAUUCCCUUUCCUGGUUUCCUGUCCAUCAGCCCCCUAGCCCCUCCCCCUCUCCUAUAAGGGUGUUCCCCUCUCCAUCCAUGCCCUCUAGCCCCCACCCCCACCAAUCCCCUACACUGGGAGUCCAACUUUGGCAGGACCAAGGGCUUCUCCUUCCAUUGGUGCCCAGCAAGGUCAUCCUUUGCUACAUAUGCAAUUGGAGCCCUGGGUCAGUUCAUGUAUAGUCUUUGGAUGGUGGUUUAGUCCCUGGUGGUUGGCAUUGUUGUUUUUAUGGGGCUGCAAACUCCUUCAGCUCCUUCAGACCUUUCUCUAAUUCCUCCAACGGGGGUCCCAUUCUCAGUUCAGUGGUUUGCUGCUGGCAUUCACCUCUGUAUUUGACAUGUUCUGGCUGUGUCUCUCAGGAGAGAUCUACAUCCGGUUCCUGUCAGCCUGCACUUCUUUGCUUCAUCCAUCUUAUCUAGUUUGGUGGCUGUAUAUAUAUAGGCCACAUGUGGGGCAGGCUCUGAAUGGGUGUUCCUUCUGCUCUGUUCUAAACUUUGCCUCCCUAUUCCCUCCUAUGGAUAUUUUUGUUCCCCUUUUUAAGAAGGAGUGAAGCAUCUGCAUUUUGGUCAUCUUUCUUGAGUUACAUAUGAUCGGUGCAUUGCAUCUUAGGUAAUUCGAGCUUCUGGGCUAAUAAUAUCCACUUAUCAGUGAGUGCAUACUAUGUAUGUUUUUCUGUGAUUGGGUUACCUCACUCAGGAUGAUAUUUUCCAGUUCCAUCCAUUUGCCUCUGAAUUUCAGAAAGUCAUUGUUUUUGAUAGCUGAAUAAUAUUCCAUUGUGUAGAUGUACCACAUUUUCUGUAUCCAUUCCUCUGUUGAAGGGCAUCUGGGUUAUUUCCAGCUUCUGGCUAUUAUAAAUAAGGCUGCUAUGAACAUAGUGGAGCACAUGUCUUUGUUGUAUGUUGGAGCAUCUUUUGGGUAUAUGCCUAGGAGAGGUAUAGUUGAAAACUGACAUGUUUUAAAUGUGAGUUCCACUCAACAAAAGUCUGAAAAGAACCAUAGCAUUACUCAGGAUUCUCUUUUUCUAAGGCAUUUCUUUUUCAGUCAGCUCUUGAGGGGUUAGGUGUCCCCAGUCACAGUCACUCACUGGAUAAGGCUUACAUUCGAACAAACGGACAGACACCUCCUGGCAGCCAAGACACUUUAGGCUGUUGUCUGCAUCCAGUGUACAUACAGCAGGGGAAAGAAGCAUUUAUCUCAUCUUCAUUUCUCCCUUUCUCCUAUUUUUAAAAACUGGGGCUAGAGGGGAUUAAUGGGUUAAGAAUGCCUGUGUUCCUAUCGUAACACUGGGCAUCUUACAGCUGUCCAGCUGUGGGGGAUCCAGUGCCUUCUAUGGCCCCCAAAGCCACCUACACACCACUUGGAGCCUUGGUAGGCUGUGGCAGUCGUAAGCACACACAAGUAAAAGAUAAAGCUUUUUAAAAGUUAGAAUUAUUUUUCUUUAAAAUAUUUUGUGCUAAAGUUGUUACUCAGAAACAACCUUGAUGGUUAACUGGUCAGUUUUAAUUUUAGUCUAGUAAAAUAUUAAUUUUGGAUCCUUCUAUUGUACAUAUGGAAAUAAUUUGAUCUGUUUGCCAACUAGUGAUUGUUUAAAAGAUUUUGGAGCAUAUAUGGAGGAUCAUGCCCACAAUCUCACUACUUGGGAGGCUGAACCAGAAGGAUUGCCCCAACUUGAAAUAAAAAAAUGGAAACCUGUCUCAGGGCUGGCAUGAGUACUUAUUUGAUGUAUUAGAUCAAUAUUAUUAUUUAAAUAAAGUAAUGCUCAUAUUCAUAUUUUAAAUCUCUAAAAUGUUUUCCAUACUUUAGGAAUAUAAAAAGGAUAGUUUUGAUGACACCCUGUCUCAGAAGAGAAAGAAAUGUGCUCCAGUCAGGUUUUGUACAUGUGCUUAUAGGUAUACAAAACAAACUGAACUCUCAAAGUACACGUGAUGUCACACUGUUAAUUCUUUUGUUUUUCCUUUUUUGUAAAAUUUAGUUCCAUGUGUUCAUCGUGAUGGGAGUGUAUGUGGGAUCAGAGGAUAGUUUUGAGGAGUUACCACAUGGUUUCUGGGAACAGAACUCAGAUCCUCAGGCUUGGUGGCAACUGUCUUUUUAGCCACUGAGCCAUCUUGUUGUGUCUUGGUUGAUUUUUCAAGUGCUGGACUCAGCUCAUAGAAUUUUCUCUGUUGAGACUGACUCACAGUUUGGCAAAUCCUGCUUCAGAAUAAGACUCCUCCAGCUAAUGCUGCCAUAUGCUUCCAGCAGGAAAAUGCCACACUAGUGACAGUAAGGAAGCUGUUUGCCCCGAAAUUAAAGCUAGCCCUUGAGAGGCAUCGAGAGGAAGAAAAAGACACAAGCAUAUGCAUGGUUGAUGGGUAGAGGACAGGGAUGGAAUGAAGAUAUGAAUGAGAAUAGGGAUAGGGUGUCUCACAAAACUGUGAAGAGCAAGGGAGACUUCUACACCUCUGUCUUCCAAGUGAUCUCAUGUACUUUGAGGAUAGAGAAAGAAAUAAAGAUCAAAUCCCCUUUAAUGAAAAAAUAAGUGGAAGUGGAUGAGAAUUUGAGAGAAAGCAGUCACAUCAGAUUUAGAUUUAUAUGACAUAUUCAUUGAAUGAUGACUAAGUUUUUCAUAGUUCUGUUAAUAAUGAGGAAGCAUUUUCAGUGUGUUGGAUUUACAAUAAGGAUUGAAGAAGUUACCUAGAUUUUGAAAGCAAGAUUAGUAAGAAAAAGAAGUGAACAACAACAGACUCAUCAUUGAAGCUCUGAGGAUAUCUUUUUCCACAAAGUAGCUGUUAAAUUAUCCUUCAGGACUCCAAAAUAAGGGAGCUGCUAGUUUAGAGAGCCUAUCAUUUUUACACUGUGAUCUAGCGAAGUGGUAUAGUAGGUGUUUGUCAUGCAUGUGUGAGGCUCUUGAGUUCAGUUCCUUGCCUGUAAUUCCAGUCUGAAAAAUGGAGCUCCAGGUUCGGGGGUGGUGGUGGGAGUCAGGGGAGGGGGAUGACACAGACAGAGAGAAAGACCCAGACCCUGCCUUGCAGUAGUAGUAAGGUAGCCACUGGGGAGCACUGGGUGUCAACCUCUGGCCUCCAUACCCAGGUGUGAAUAUGUGGACACACAUGGAAACAAAAGUACACAUUGUUAUUAAGAAGUUCUGCUGUGAAGAGAAUUCUAAAAAGUGCACUAUUGCUGAUUUCUCCUGCAUGAGUGCUUUGGAUAGCAGUGUUGUUAAAAAUAACAGUAAGAGUUCAGGCCUUAGCCACAGUAGCCUUACUUUUUCCUUUCCGUGAGCCAGGUUCUUAUGCAGUCUAGGGUGCUUCCCCGCUCUUCCUGCUGCUCAGAAUGAUCUCCAAUCUUCUCGUGAUGCUGGGCACCUGCCACCCUGCCCAGUCAGUCUCAGUAAUUUCUCUUUUUAGUUUUGUUUUUAAAUUUAUGUGUAUAUGUAUGUGUCACUGUGGGAGUUUUAUGUGUGAGUUCAGUGCCCUCAAAAGCCAGAGAGGGCAUCAGCUCCCUUGCAGCUGCAGUCCCACCCACAUGGGUGUUAGGAACUGAACUCGUCCUCUGCAUGUUCUUGACUACUGAGCCAUCCUUCUAGCCUCCCAGUCUCAGGAUUCUCGUUGCCAUGUCUUAGAUAAUUUAUCAGUAAGUUGUCUUAUCCAAGUCCUUGUUCUAAGCAUUUGCCCAGUUGCAGGUCACAUAAAAGUAGUAAAUAGGUGUCUGUUAACAUUAUUAUUGACACGUCCUUAGAAAGUAACACUGUUACUGUUAUUUUUCAUCAUUAAUGAACUUACCAUGACUGAUUUGAACACAGUGGCUUUGUAUGAACACCUGCAAUUUCCUCAUGUGGGCUAUUGAGAUUGGGGGGUGGAGACCUGGGAUAUUCCAGGCCAGUCUGGGAACAAUGCUAACCCACCUCAAAGGGUUUCUCGUGCGUUCACUCUAACUCUCUCCCUCUCCAGAGUCUCAGUACCUUGCCCUUGCUGGCCUGAAUUCACUGUAUAAACCAGUCUGGUCUCAAACUCAAGUCUGCCUGCCUGUGCCCUCUGUAUGCUGGCAUUAAUGGCAGGGUUACCAUGCCUAGCUGUAUUCUCUAAUCUCUUACUACAUCCUCACUUGUGCUUAUCUUUAUGGCAAUAUAAAUUAAUUCUAACUUCUAAUUUAAAAUUAGUCUUUUCCUUUUUAUGAGACAGGCUCUCAUGUAGUCUAAGAUUGUGAUAGUAUAUUAUUAACAUUAGCAAUAGCUUUAUUUGAAAUGUAUACUUUAUAAAUGUAUUACAUUGAGAACAUUUUAAAUAUAGUACUCAAGUUGUUUUCCUAUUAAGAAAGUUAGGGUUUUUCUUAAUUAAAAAUUUCAUGAUCUUUCAAACUCUCAAGCUAGAUUCUUUACCAAAGAUAUACAUUGGAAAUUAUUUGGCUUAUUCUACUCUUUGUAUGUAUGUGUAUGGUUCUGGGGAUGGAGGUCAGGCUCCACCUGGAGCCACCGACCUGGAACCCCAGAUCUUGGUCAUCCUGUGCAGUCCUCGUCGUCAUUCUGCCUCAGUCUCCUCACUGUUUGGUCAUAGACUUGUACUGAUGCACCAUGCACAGGAGAGAACAUGUCCAGUAUAACUAGCCUGGAGUAAACAAGGGCCCUGACUAUUCUCUUCCUCUCUACCUAGAGCCGCAGCAAACUUAGUCUAAGUAAUACAAAUCACAUACAUUGGCACAAAUGAUGGUACAGCUGUUGAAAACUGGUAUUUCAACAUCGUCAGAAGUUUGAAGUAGGUCAGAGGGAAUGUAAAUAUUCUAAGAUAGGGCUGUCAUGGCAGCACAUACACCUUUAAUCCCAGCACUUGGGAGACAGAGGCAGGCAGGUCUCUGUGAUUUUGAGGCCAUCUUGUUCUACAUAGCAAGUUCCAGGAUAUCCAGACCUAUGUACAAAGAUCCUGCCUCAAAAAAGAAAACAAAUUUUAUACUAGGAAUAAAGAGAUACUGACACGGUUAGUUUUUAUUGUUAAUGUAACCAGUAGUCACCUGUGAAAUAGAGAGAACAUUAUUGAAAUUGCUUUGAUCUUAUUUGGCUGUUGUCACACAUGCUAAUCAUGUAAAAGAGGCCCAGCCCCAUAUUAUGACUAGUAACAUCCCUAUGCAGGUGAAUCUGGGUUUUAUAGGUUAUAUAAAAAAGGUAGCUGAGUAUAAGGAGCAAAUCUAUAAGCAGUACUCCUCUAUGGUAUCUGCUUCAGUUCCUGCCGCUGACUUCCCACCUUCUGCCCUGGCUUCCCUGGACAAUGGACAUCCAGGGAAAAACCUAUAAGCUGAAAUAAAACCAUUCCUCCCCAAGUUGCUUUUGGUCUGUGCUCCAUCACAAUAACAGAUACCUAACUUGAACAGGUAUAUUUAAAUAAGUCUAUUCUUAUGAAAUUAGUUUUUCUAUACUUAUAGCAAAACUUUUAUCUUCAUAUCUUAAAAUUUCAUUGUAGAAUUAAUUGCCUAUAAUUAAAAACAUGACAAUUUUUAGUUCAGGAAACUCAACCUAUGCUAAGCAUAAUGAGCUAUAAAGUAUGAAAAGUGCAACAAAUUUAACUUUGGAAAUAAAUCAACAGUAUUUAGAUACUUAUAAUUUUAUAUUAACAUUGAAUACCAGCUUUUAAAUAGCAAAAUCAAAAAUUCUUCAUACUCAAGAAGUAGCUUCAUGAUUGAUCACUCAUCUAUCAAAAUAGUAUAUUGUUGAGAUGACUCAGUGGUUAAGAUCAUUUGCUGCUCUUGUAGAGGACCCACAUACAGCUUACAACUGCUUAUAGCUCCAAUUUCAAGGGAUCUGGUGUCUUCUGGCUCUUUAGGCAUUUGCCCAUGGUGCACAUACAAACACUCAGACAGACAUGCACAACCAUAAAAAGAAAUAAAUCUUUUAAGUUCUUGUAGGUGUUUUUACAUGACUCAAAAAUUGAAAACAAAAACAAAACAAAACCACACGAGUAGUUUAUUCAAAUUUUCUGCCAUUAGUUACAUCUUCGAACUUUAGAAAAAUAUUCAUAAUAUACAUACACAUAUACAUUUUAUCCACAAUUUUGUAUAUAGAUAUGGGGAAAACGUUGUGUUAACUCAUUUAGUUAUCUUGGCAUUCUUCUUAGAGUACAAUUUUUUUUUGGCUUUUGUCAGUCAACAAAAAAGAAGUUGUCAGUGGAAAAUCAAUUUUGAGGCUGAGGACACAGCUCAGUUGGUAAGAGAAUUUGCCUAGCAUGCACAAGAUUUUAGGUUUAACUCUUAGCACUGCAUAAAAUGGAUGUAUAACAAAUCUUGUAUAAUCUUAAGAGGUGAGUGCAGGAGAACCAGAGGUUCAAGAUCAUCCCUGGCUAAUUGAAGGCCAGCAUGGGACACAGGAGUCUCUGUCUCCAAAAUAGAAAAGAAAAGGGAGCAGGGAGAUUUGGUUUAAAUAAAUUUUGGUGAAAGUGGAGAUAUUGAGAAAUAAGAAGAGUCAUUACUUGGCUUCUAAUGAGGUUUACGUGGAACUUUUUCAUAACUUAGCAAGCACAUGUAAAAUAUUUGAAUUGAAUAUAUUUCUGAUUAAUAAUAAAUUUCUUACUUUAUUAGGAAACAUUACAACUAUAAUAACUGAUAACUGUUUUAGAAACCUUGCCUGCUUUCUUUAUAUUUUAUAACUCUGUAAUAUAAAAAAGAAAACCAGGAUAAUUUCUUUGAUUAAAACCAAAGACUCCAAGAGAACACAAAUGCCAUCCCAGACUAUACCCAGCAAAACUCUCAAUCAUCGUAGAUGGAGAACCCAAAAUAUUCCACAACAAAAUGAAAUUUAAAUAAUUAUCUAUUUACCAAUCCAACCCUACAGAGGAUUCUAGAAGGAAAACUCCCAACACAAGGAAGGAGCCUACACCAAAGAAAAAGCAAGAAAUUAAUCAGCUCACAACAAAACCAAAAAGAAGAGAAUCACAUACAGACAUAAUACCACCUCUAGCAAGCAUAACAGGAACUAACAAUCAUCUGUCUUUAAUAUCUCUCAAUAUCAAUGGACUCAAUUUCCUGUAAAAAGACAUAACUAACAGACUGGAUAUGCAGUCAGGAUCCAGCAUUUUGCUGCAUACAAGAAACACUUCUCGGUAACAAAGACAGACACUACCUCAGGGUUAAAGGCUGGAAAAAAGUCUUCCAGCAAACAGUUCCAAGAAAGAAGCUGGAGUCGCCAUUCUAAUAUCCAAUAAAAUAGACUUUCAACCAAAAGUUAUCAAACAAAAUGGGGAAGGACACUUCAUAUUCAUCAAAGGAAACAUCCACCAAAAGAAUUCUCAAUUCUGAACAUCUACACCCAAGUGCAAGGGCACCCACAUUCAUAAAAGAAACUUUACUAAAGCUCAAAGCACACAGUGAACCCCAGACAAUAAUAGUGGGAGACUUCAACACCCCACUCUCACUGGAUAGGUCAUUGAAACAGAAACUAAACAAAGACACAGUGAAACUAAUAGAGCUUAUAAACCAAAUGGAUUUAACAGAUAUAUGCAAAAUCCUAAACAAAAGAAUACACCUUCUCAGUGUUUCGUGGUACUUUCUCCAAAAUUGACCAUAUAAUCGAUCAUAAAACAAGCCUUAACAAAUAAAAAAGAUUGAAAUAAUUCUGUGUAUCCUAUCAGAUCACCAUGAACUAAUAACAGCAAAAACAACAGAAAACCCACAUACCCAUGGAAACUGAAUAACUGUCUUCUCAAUGAUAACUUUGUCAGGGAAGAAAUAAGAAAGGAAAUUAAAGACUUCUAGAUUUCAAUGAAAAGGAUGAUAAAGCAUAUCCAAACUUAUGGGACACAAUUAAAGCAGUGCUAAGAGGAAAAUUUAUAGCACUAAGUGCCCUCUUAAAGAAAUUGGAGAGAUCCUAUACUAACAACUUAACAGCACACUUGAAAACCCUAGAACAAAAAGGAGCAAACAUACCCAAGAGGAGACAGCAGAAAAUUGUCAAACUCAGAGCUGAAAUCAACCAAACAAAGAAAACAAUACAAAGAAUCAACAAAACCAAAAGCUGGUUCUUUGCAAAAAUCAACAAGAUAGAGAAAAUUUAGAUUAGACUUAGCCAAACUAAAUAAAGGGCACAGGGAUACAUCCAAAUUUCAAAAUCAGAAAUGAAAAGGGAGACAUAACAACAGAAACUGAGGAAAUUUAAAAAAAAAAAAACCAUCAGAUCCUACUAUAAAAACCUAUACUCAACAAAACUGGAAAAUCUGGAUGAAAUGGAUUUUCUAGACAGAUACCAUGUACCAAAGUUAAAUCAAAGGCGGGUAAACUAUCUAAAGAGGUCCAUAUCCCCUAAGGAAAUAGAAGAAGUCAUUAAAAACCUCUCAACACCCCCCACACAAACAAACAAACAAAAACAAAACAAAAAAACCACCCAGGGCCAGAUGGCUUCAAUGCAGAA